GUUAAAUUACAUACUCUGUCCAGUCAUGACAUGCAAGACGACAGUUUAGAAUCCUCAACUUCAAUAUCUCAGCUUCUGAGAGAAAGUUAUUUAGCUGAAACUAAACAUCAAGGGAAGAGUGAAAGAAGCAGAUCAGAACCAGCUUCUCAUAAUUUCCAUUAUGGCAAUGCUUCUGGUGAUUCAGAUGAGGUGGCUGCCCAAGAUGACCUUCCAGAUCUCUCUGCCUUUUUGAGCCAAGAAGAGUUAGAUGAAAGCGUAAACCUGGCAAGACAAGCUAUUGGUCAGAAUCCACUGGAAACUAAACAGGAUGACCUUCAGGCACGUUCACAGCAUCCCCCAGAUCAGCUGAAAAACACAGGAAAACACAAACAAAUGGCCCAGUCUUCAGCUUUGAAAACAUCAGACAAUGGCCUGCACUCAAACUUUUGUCAGGACCGUGUCAGAAAUACAAAGGGCUCCAAAGGGAGCUCUCAAGACCUAAAGAAGCAACACCUUCCUUCUGAAUCAGAAUCAAAAAAGGAAUUCCUAAACAAGGCAGCAGAUUUUAUUGAGGAGCUCUCAUCACUUUUCAAAGCUCACAAUUCUGAAAGAAUAAGACCCCGAACAUGCAAAAACUACAGGAGCAAAAUCGAUUCGAAGAAUAAGUCUGCGCAAAAAGGUAGCUCUAGCCUAUCUAGCACAUCAGAAAGCAGAGAAAGGCUUUCCAUUCCAGUACCUCAAGACCUGGAAAACAAAGCAGAGAAAACAUUUGAACAAACAGAUGAUCAACAGACGGCAAACUUGGAAUCUAUCAGUCAAUUAACAAGUGCAGAGCUAAAACCAGAGUCAGAAUCUGCAUCUGUAUAUUCUGAUGAGCCUAUUGGACAACCACCACGCUUUACUCAAAAACUGAAGAGCAGGGAAGUUCCUGAAGGAACCAAAGUGCAAUUGGACUGCAUUGUGGUAGGAAUCCCAGCACCUGAAGUCAGGUGGUACUGUGAAGGGAAGGAGCUCGAAAACUCACCAGACAUUCAAAUUAUCCAGACAGGUGAUCAGCACUCAUUGGUUAUUGUUGAAGCUUUUGAGGAGGAUACAGGACGUUACUCGUGCUUUGCUUCAAACAUCUAUGGAACAGACUCCACUUCUGCAGAGAUUUACAUAGAAGGAGUCUCUUCUUCUGACUCUGAAGGUGAAAUAAUCAAAGACGAAAUGGAUCACAAACCAAAGCCAGCUGACACCUUCUUGAAUGCAGCAUCUCCUGCUGUUAGAACUGCAACCAAGCAUCAAGAAACCUCCAAGGCACCAUCUGCCAUGGUUCAGCCUGCGUCUGUACCUGUCCAGCCUGUGUCAACACCAGUUAAUCAGGCUCAAAGCCCCACUAACUAUUUGCAAGGACUGGAUGGAAGACCUAUAAUUGCCGCUCCUGUAUUUACAAAGAUGUUACAGGAUAUUUCAGCUUCUGAGGGGCAGCUUGUUGUCUUUGAAUGUCGGGUGAAAGGAGCUCCUUCCCCAAAGGUUGAAUGGUAUAGAGAAGGAACACUGAUAGAAGAUUCUCCAGAUUUUAGGAUAUUACAGAAAAAACCACGGUCUAUGGCUGAACCAGAGGAAAUUUGUACUCUUGUUAUUGCUGAGGUAUUUUCAGAAGAUUCUGGCAGUUUCACCUGUACUGCAAGCAAUAAAUACGGCACAGUAUCUAGCAUAGCUCAUCUAACUGUCAAAGCAUCUGAAGACAGUAGUAAUGCUGCUAACCUUCACACAAUGAGCUCAAUCAACUUAAUUGCUGCUGAACAUCAACCUCCCCCACGUACUCCUUCCCAUCGUGUAGUAAAUCAAACCCCCAAACCUAAGCUUGAAGGUGUUCUUGUGAACCACAAUGAACCCAGAUCGAGUUCCAAGAUAGGUCUCCGUGUGCACUUCAAGCUGCCUGAAGAUGAUAAAGGAAGUGAAUCAUCACCAGAGGAUGGACCUGGCGCUACAAACCAAAUCAGACCCAACUAUUUCCAAGAGAGGAUAAACGGACAGCCAAUGAAAAUACCAGAGCCAACAUCGCCAUCCAAGGAACCCCCCCCAGUACUGGCUAAGCCAAAGCUUGAUCAGACCCAGUUAAAACAGCUCCACAACCAAGUCUUGCUUGAACAACAGCAGGUGCAUCAGACACCUACAAAAGAGCUGUCAUUCAACACAGCUUUAUUGAAUUCUGCUACUUCGCUCCAUCAGCAGUCCACCUCAACUAUGUACAAACAAAGCAAAGCCUCUGCUUCACAAGCAUUCAUCUAUACCCGACCUAAGCAGUUCCUACCAUCACAAACCACACCGCCUACCAGCUCCUCUUCUAGCUCCUCAGUUACGACAUUCAGCAACGUCCCUCAAGGAACUCAAAGAACAAAUAACAAGGAAAAUUUCGCAGGAAAUCCUCCACCUGCCCAGUCAAGGUCUUCAGGAGGGUUUACAAGCAAAAGUGAACAGUCUCUACCAAGCCCUAAAGAAUCCAUGGUGCCUCCGUUAACACUUUCUACAUCUAGUGUAAAACAGUUUCAGCCACAGAGCGUGGCUCCUGCUCCUAUCUCCCCAACUGGCCGGAUUCAGAAUCCAGUAGCCUUCCUUAGUGCUGUUCUUCCUUCACUUCCUACGGUGCCAUCAACCAACGCUAUGGGACUGCCCAGAAGUACACCAGCCACCCCAACCCAGGGAUUAACAAAGAAAAAUGUGAAGCCUCUGCCAUUAGCAACAGAUGAUUCCAUUCGGGAAAAUAAAGCUGCACUUGUAAAGGACCUGGAAAGAAAACUGCGUUUCAGAGAGGAUGUUAAUCAACAAAGUAGUCAGCAGGAAUACAGGAUUUCAAGCUUUGAGCAGAGACUGAUGAACGAAAUUGAAUUUCGCCUUGAACGUACCCCAGUGGAUGAAUCAGACGAUGAAGUCCAACACGAGGAAAUCCCUACAGGCAAAUACAUAGCACCGAUCUUUGACAAGAGACUCAAGCAUUUUCGGGUAAUGGAAGGAUCUCCUAUUACAUUCACUUGCAAAAUAGUUGGAAUACCAGUUCCCAAGGUAUACUGGUUCAAGGAUGGCAAGCAGAUUUCAAAGAAAAACACGCAUUUCAAAAUGAACAGAGAAGAAGAUGGAACAUGUUCUUUACAUAUUGAAGCUUCUACUAAUGAUGAUGAUGGCAACUACACGAUUAUGGCUGCAAACCCACAAGGGAGAAUCAGUUGUUCAGGCCAUCUGAUGGUUCAGAGUAUCCCUGUUCGGGGCCGAAUAUCAACAAUUCAGCCUCACAGAACACGACCCCGGGUUCCAGAAGGGGACAAAGAGGCAGUUCAAGAACGCUUUUUCAGGCCAUACUUUCUACAGGCUCCAGGUGACAUGGUAGCACAUGAAGGGAGACUUUGUAGGUUGGACUGUAAGGUGAGUGGGUUACCAACUCCAGACCUGACGUGGCUUCUGAACGGCAAACCUGUGCUGCCAGAUGGCACCCACAAGAUGCUGGUCAGAGAGACUGGAGUUCACUCUCUGCUUAUUGAUCCUCUCUCACAAAAUGAUGCUGGAACUUAUACUUGCCUUGCCACUAAUAAAACAGGACAAAAUUCAUUCAGUCUGGAGCUCACUGUUGUAGCAAAGGAAGUAAAAAAAGCCCCCAUGUUUUUGGAGAAGCUUCAGAACUGUGGUGUUCCUGAAGGGUACCCCGUCAGAUUAGAGUGCAGAGUUGUGGGAAUGCCACCCCCCAUAUUUUACUGGAAGAAGGAUAAUGAGACCAUCCCAUCAAACAGAGAGAGGAUGAGCAUGCAUCAAGAUACAACAGGGUAUGUCUGCCUCCUGAUUCAACCUGCCAAGAAAGCAGAUGCUGGCUGGUAUACCUUGUCUGCAAAAAACGAAGCUGGUAUUGCCUCUUGUACUGCUAGGCUUGACAUAUACGCUCAGUGGCACCGUCAAAUUCCACAACCAAUAAAGCUUCGACCUGGUGGCAGCCGGUAUGCAAACCUUACCGGUCAAGGACUCGACAUUUUUUCUGCCUUCCCAACUACUGAAAGCCCUAUGCUGUUUUCAUCCCCAACCCAGAAGGUGGUGGAGAGUGAAGAACUUUGAAAAACAAACAAUUGUUCCAGUUAUACCUGCAGAGAUACUAGAACUGUGGGAAAAAAAAAAAAAAAAAAAGAGGUACAAGUCAAGAUGCUCAAAGUUUACAAGCAACUUGUUUGUAAUUAAGUGUACUGCUGCUGCAAAUGUUGCAAGUAACAUAUCAUACAAGACUUUUGCAUAUUAUUUUACUGCAGGAUAAUUGUGGUAUGGAGUGUUGUGCAAUAAAUUCAGUACUGUGUAGUUUGUUAAGAAUUACAUAGUAAACAUAGUUUUCAGCACUUAAAAGCCAAUACCACUUUUACUGCUUGAAUUAAAGCUACUGUACUGUAGCAAGCCAUGUUAAGGAUUGAUGAUGUUUCGCUGGAAUACUGCCAGUGAAAACAUUGACAUUACAAUAACAACAAUCCUGAAUGAGGGUAAACAACAUGACUUUGAAUGUAAUU